AUGAUGGCGGAGACCAAGGCGGUGGCGUCUGCGGCGGGUCCGGCGGAGGAGGGAGGGAGCAAGACGGUGGUGCUGGUCGCCGUGGACGACAGCGACCACAGCUACCGCGCUCUCGAGUGGGCCGUGCGCCACGUGGCGGCGACGGCCGGCGUGCCCGGCGCCCGGGCGGUGGAGCUCGUCGUCGUCCACGCCAAGCCGUCCCCUUCCCCCGUGGUCACCAUGGGCGGCCCCGGCGUGUCCGGCGACGUGGUGAGGUUAGUGGAGGCGGACCUGCGCAAGAAGGCCGAGGGCGUCGUCGACAGGGCGCGCCGCCUCUGCGUCGCCAACUCGGUGCAGGGCGUGGUGGAGGUGGUCGACGGGGAGCCGAGGCACGUCCUGUGCAACGCCGUCGAGAAGCACCACGCCGAUCUGCUCGUCGUCGGCAGCCAUGGCUACGGCGCCAUCAAGAGGGCAUUGCUUGGAAGCGUGAGCGACUACUGUGCCCACCAUGCGCACUGCUCUGUGAUGAUAGUCAAGCAGCCCAAGUCCAAGAACUGA